GGCACAAGGUUUUGCAAGAGAAAUCCGUCCACCGGUGGACGGAUUGCCUUCCAAUGUUUGCGAAAAGGUUCCGGCCACCGGUGGACGGAUUACGACCCAAGGUUUUGCAAGAGGAACCGUCUACCGGUGGACGGAUCACUGGACAAGAACGCAAGAGAAAUCCAACCACCGGUGGACGGAUUACUGGACAAGGACGCAAGAGGAAUCCGUCUACCGGUGGACGGAUUACUGGACAAGGACGCAAGAGGAAUCCGUCUACCGGUGGACGGAUUACUGGACAAGGACGCAAACGGAAUCCGUCCGCCGGUGGACGGAUUGCUUGCCAAAGUCAAGGUACUUGUCCACCGGUGAACGGAUUCCUGGGCAAUGUUUUGCAGGAGGAAUCCACCAACGGGUGGACGGAUUGUCUGCCUAAGUUGGCAAGGGGAACAGGUCCACCGGGGGAAUGAUUUCUUGGCAAUAUAAACGAUCAGUGAAGGGUUUUCUUUUCAUAAAUUCACUUCAAUUAUUUAAUGAAUUUUUUUUUUUCAAAACAAGUUUACUAAUUAUUUUAUUCUAGUUUCAGGCCGUCUCGUGAUCGCUCAACCAAGAUGUGCCAAAUAGAUGAAUGUCGCCGGUUGAACCUUCCCGUAUUUUCGUAUCGAUACCAUCACCAUCCGCGAGAACCCGAGAUCAACCGCUUUUGAACCGGUAUGACCUAGGUUACGACCAGUUAUGUGCUGUACUAAUUAUCUAAUUAUUAUGCAACUAACUUUAUUUUAAAUUUUAGGCCGGCUCUAGAUAUUCUGAGCCACUCCGAACCAGAGGAUAUCAGCGAGCGCGGCAGUACAGGGCACGGAUUGGCCUACCUCGAACCGGAAUUCCACGCUCCAUGAUUCGGUACUCGCCAAACUCGUUGGUGUCGCUGGUGAAAGCUUCCCGUAGCAGCAGUACUAGCGGCUCGUACGGACAUCUGUCGGAUAGUGCGCUGGGACCGGCGCUUUUGCUGGGUCUACCCGGACAUCACCUGCCUACAGCCAGCAUGUUCCCGCUUCACCAUCCGCUGCAGCUGGGACAUUUUUUGGCCAAGUCGCAGCAAAUCAACGAUCUCUCUAGCAAUAAGCAGGAAUAGACAACCUCCGUAUCCAACCAGUGACCCGACAAGAGGCGGACAGCACAAGCAAUGCUCUGCAGAAGACAUCCCACAUCAUACGUGAACCAUCCCCGCACGUCCUAAUGUACAAGAGAAGUCCUUCGAACGGGUCGGCCAUGUUUGAAGUUUGAUGCAAGGCAUACUCCCGGCUUGAGAACCUCAAAACCCAUCUGCGAUCACACACCGGCAAAAAGCCGUACACCGGCGAGUACCCGGGUUGUAGCAAGGCGUUCAACAACGUGUCCGACCAUGCAAAACACCAGAACCGCACCUACAUCAUUGCGGUAGGACUAGUUUUAACGAGCUUUGCCUGUGCUGUGGCCUCACGCUAACCGUUGCAUUACUUUCAGAAUCACUACCCGGAGGACAUGCAGAGUGGCAAGACAACGAGCAUGAGCAGUCGGAGCAUCAAGUCGGAGUCGGACGCACACUCGCCAGGUCAACCGCCGAUCAGUAGUCCGAUGUCGAUCUCGGCGCUUACUGCUAGGCUGA